AUGAGUUGCGGGGCCAGCACAUUGAAGUUGCUCUGCAUCUGGAUCUGUUCCCGACUGGAUAGCAUAAUGGGCACCAAUUAUUCCACAGUAACUGAGUUCAUUCUAACUGGCUUUUCCAGAAGGCCUGACCUUCAAACAUUUCUCUUCUUCCUUUUUCUUCUUAUAUAUAUUUUUACAGUUGUGGGAAACAUUGGAAUAAUAUUUCUUGUGUACCACAACUCCAAGUUCCACACUCCCAUGUACUAUUUUAUAGGUAAUUUAGCUUUCUUAGACCUCUGCUACUCAGCAGAUAUUACGCCCAAAAUGCUAGCAGAUCUAGUAUCAGAGCAGAAAACUAUCUCCUAUAGUGGCUGUGCUAUUCAGCUCUUCUUUUUCUCUGCUUUAGGCAGCACUGAAUGUGUUCUUUUUGCUGUUAUGGCUUAUGAUCGCUAUAUUGCUAUCUGCAACCCUUUAAACUAUACCUUAUUUAUGAUGGAAAAGACAUGUGUAGGGUUAGUGGCAGCAUCUUAUACUGUUGGUUUUUUACACUCUUUAAUUGAAACUUCUUGCACGUUUCAUCUUUCCUUUUGUGCAUCUAAUAUCCUUCACCAUUUUGCUUGUGAUUUUCCACAAUUACUGAGCAUUUCCUGUACAGACUCUGCCGCAAAUGAAAUUGUCCUGUUUGUUUUCUCAUCAUCUGUCACAAUGCCUUCAGUUAUAAUUAUUCUUGCAUCGUAUAUUUCUGUUUUUAUGGCAAUUUUUAAGAUUAACACAACAGAGGGAAGACAAAAACCAUUUUCAACCUGUGCCUCACACAUAACUGCAGUUGCAUUGCUUUAUGGUACGGUUCUUUAUGUUUAUCUCAAACCCAGAUCUUCCACUGAGACUGUGAGCAUGGCAACAGUGUUUUAUACAGUGAUCCUUCCCAUGUUAAAUCCAAUUAUCUAUAGCUUGAGAAAUAAGGAAAUUAAAGUUGCCCUAAAAAAAUAUAUAAAAAUAUUUUUUACCAAAAAAACCCUAAAAACUAUUCCAUUACAGUAA